CUGCUGGAAUUUCUGGUUUAGUUAAUUGAGAGCUUCCGUGACGGUCGGAUGUUAUCGGUACCACGGGCUAGAUGUUGCGUUGAAUCAGUUCGGGAGUGAUUCCAAGUUACUUGGAUUUUGAUAGCCAAGUAGACGCGUUCUUAGCAUUUUGGAGAAAUGAUGGUUGCUGUUCCUGGUGUUAGAUUGGUAUCUGUUGUAUUUGAGUUGCUUUUUGUUUUGGAAUUUGUGACUUCCUUGAAUAUUCCAACUUGUUGUCCUAAGGGUCAUGUUCUAGUCGAUAGUACAGGUGUGAAUGCGAGACUUUAUCGUUGGCGCCUGUUCAAAUGUGUACCUCGGCCAGGUGAUCCUAUUGAACUGUAUGGGUUCCACAUCCGAAAUGACAACACAAAUAACAUCCCCAAGUGCGAGGACGUGGUAGCGGUGAAGAUCCAUGGUCCCAUACCCUUAGGUCGAAAUAGUUGUCUGGGUCUUCUUGAUGGUGAAUACUACGCCCUAACGUGCCCAGUUCAUCCUACAGAAUUGAUAUCGGAAGUGAAUUCAGUGAGGAAGUGUUGUCCGGUAGGGUCAGCAUACAGUUUCAAGGAGAUGAAAUGCAGCAAACUUCCUUCAAAGUCCAGGGGGUUGACCAAUUUCGCGCAACUAUUCGACGAACCUACCAUAGUGCAUAGUGGAAGUCUGGAAUGUCUCAGUACCAGUGUUGUGGUCGACUAUCGGUCCAGUGAUUUCAAUGUGAGUUUUCAGAAUGGUGAUCUCAUUGUCGGACAAAGUGCUUUUGAUACGAAUUCAUUUUGUUUGGAAUCAAUAUUGAAUGAUAAAAAAAGUGACGCAGGUGAUCCCAUGAUUGCUGGUUCGACAGGGUUUAGUCCGCUUGGAACAGGUGCUUCAGAUUUGCUGAGUGAGGGGUACUUGAUAAGAACCUGCCACACGGCUGCUGUUUGUGAUCGGAUUGCCUGUGUGAGACGAUGUUGCAGAUUUGACGAGAGGCUGGUCCGACGUAAUGGAACAACUAUGUGUAUCGCGGAUCCAAAAGAUUUACAUAUCGACUUCUAUGAUAUCGAGCAUGUGCAAGAUGGAGAUGGGAACUUUACAACUGUUGUACCGAAAGUUUUUGGCGUUUUACAGAUGCAAAAAUGCCCGAAGUAUCCCCUCCGGCCAGAAUACAGUGAUAGUGACAUUUACUAUUUCCACUUCAGAGAUGGGUCCUUGUAUUUACCAGCGGAAAAACUAUUUUAUAAAAACAACGACUAUUGUGUUCAAAAUGCUCUCUCGGAUUUUGGAAAUCAGGUUGAAGCAUUUCUUUGUUUCGACAGUUCCGAGAAGGGUCUGGUGAAAUUUCGAGUAUACUCUAUAGGACUCAUGAUUUCCAGUGUAUUUCUGGGGAUGACUAUCCUGGUCUACCUAUGUGUACCAAAACUACUAAAUAUUCCGGGAAAGAAUUUGAUUUGCCAUGCUUUGAGCAUGAUGUGUGCUUAUAUUGGAUUGUUUUUGAUACAACACUCAAAUUUACAAUUCACAAUUUGCUAUCCAUUGGCAUUUUUCAUCUACUUCAGUUUUAUGGCAACAUUUGCUUGGUUAAAUAUUAUGUGCUUCGAUAUCUGGUGGACUUUUGGGUCAUCGCAAGGUACUCGAGGUUUGGAUAGCUUCCGCGAUAGUCAUCGUUUCCUACUAUAUUCUGUGUAUGCCUGGGGAGUUCCAUCAAUAUUCACUACAAUUACUUUAUGCAUUGAUUAUUUCAAGUUGGUGAGUGACUAUUUUCACCCCAACAUUGGAGAAGGACGAUGUUGGUUUUCACAAACCAGUAGUCCACCCCAUCUCCUCUUCUUCCUAACACCAAUCGGUAUUCUAAUCCUAACAAACUCCGUUCUCUUCGUCCUGACACUACGACACUGCAAUCGAGUGAAACGUGAAAUCUUCCGAAUGCAGAGUUCAUCCAGUGAAAAGAAAUCCUUGAAGAAACGUUUCAUCUCGGAUAAAGCACGAUUUAUGAUGAACACCAAAUUAUUUAUUGUGAUGGGAGUAUCUUGGCUUCUCGAAAUCAUCAGCACCGCCUUCUAUACUCCUGACCAUGUGGCAAUUUGGUAUGUUUCGGAUUUCUUCAAUGUCCUGCAGGGGGUUUUCGUGUUCUUCAUAUUCGUUUUCAAAAGACGAGUUUGGGCUGCAAUCAUGGAAAGACUGGGAGUAGGAAAAAGGAACAUUUUCCAUCCUGGAUUCGGCACAACAGUUACUACGCCAACCACAAUGGUUACAAGUAUGAAUGAUCUCCGGAAAAUGAGAUCAAGUGAUGGUUUUCCCUUGACUCCAGUACGAAAAUCGAAUUCAAGACCUGAAUUUAAUCUUUAGUGAUUAGUUUUAAGAAACGAAAGUAUCUUAUUGUGAAUCUUACCUCUAUCUUUGUACGUAUACGUAUAUGAUGUACAAGUUUUUUCGUUAUCUAACUGUUAACUUAUCUAAUUAUAUAUAUGUAUACAAGCACUGUCUGAUGUGAAAGCUUUUUUGUAUAAUUUUAUUUAAGAAAGUUUAGGAUUAGUUCACGAUACGGCUGGAAUUUAAAUAUAUACAUGAGAA